CCCGGCCCGGGCCGGCCCCGCUGGCUCCGCUCAAAGUUUGCGGCCGCCCCUGCGCCCGCCCGCCCGAUGUAUGGGUGAUAUACUGCAGCGGGUGUCAGGGUGAGGGACGGCCAUAUUUGCCGGUGCGGCCCGAGCCGUCAACAACAAAAAGUGCGCGGGAGCUCGGCGGGCGCACGGACGGGCGCUCGGACGCCGGGCCCGCCUCGCCGCCGCCCGGCCUCGCCGCCGCCGCCGCCGCCGCCCUCGCGGGCCUGGCCCCGCGGCGCCCCGGCGCGCCCCGCCGCUCGGGGGGAUGUCUUACAAACCGAACUUGGCCGCGCACAUGCCCGCCGCCUCCCUCAACGCCGCUGGGAGCGUCCACCCGCCCUCCACCAGUAUGGCAACAUCCUCCCAGUACCGCCAGCUGCUGAGUGACUACGGGCCGCCGUCUCUCGGCUACACCCAGGGAACAGGGAACAGCCAGGUACCCCAGAGCAAAUAUGCCGAACUGCUGGCCAUCAUCGAGGAGUUGGGGAAAGAGAUUAGACCCACUUACGCGGGGAGCAAGAGUGCCAUGGAGAGACUAAAACGAGGCAUCAUUCACGCCAGAGGACUGGUUCGAGAGUGCUUGGCCGAAACGGAACGGAACGCCCGAUCCUAGCUGCCUAGCCAGGCGGAAGGUUUACCAUCUUCGUCCAAGACCAGAAGUUACAGCUCAUCUCCCAUGUUCAGAUGAAACUCUUGUUUUCAAAAGGGUAACGGUUUGGUUUCUCCUUCCCACGUCCCUCCCAUGGUUCAUGAGGCUCUGAGAUUGAGAAAUACUUUGCAGUUGACUAGGAUUUACAUUUUAAAUAGUUAGGAAUUACCCAGGGUUUUUUGUUCUUGUUUUUUUUUUUUUAAGCAUUGAUUUAAAAGAUGCACGUAAAAGAUACCUGUCUCACAGCAAAGAUCCCAGUUACGUUACCCAGAUUGUUCUCCGUUCUUUUUCAUAAGCUAAUACAACUCUGAGGGUUUUUUGUUUUUUUUUUUUUGAGUGCGUACGUUUGCCACACCGUGUGGAUUCCGCUUAAUGUAACUUCUUUUGUGCUUAAGCAUUUGCUUGCAUGACUAUUAGUGCUUUGAGGUCAAUUUAAAAAAUGCACAAGUUAUAAAUACAGAAGAAAGAGCAACCUACCAAACCUAACCUAACAAGAACCCCCCCUCCAAAUUUUCCUACUAAGACUGUGUGUGGAUUUCAGUUCUGCUUUUCCUGUAAGUUGAUCCAAACAUCUGGAAGAAAAUGACUAAAACUGUUUGCAUCUUUGUAUGUAUUUAUUACUUGAUGUAAUAAAGCUUAUUUUCAUUAACAA